AUGACAAAACCGUCGACUUUUCUAGUGCCCGGCGAGAAGACGUCUGCCGGGACACUCGCCAUUAUCAGCUUAUCGCGCGACAACUUUUUACCAUUGACUCUGGAGAAGUCAACCGGCGCUGUCGAUGGAUACCUCGAGGGCGCAACAUUGAAUACACGCUUCGGCUCCUAUCCUCACUCAACACUGCUCGAUGUGCCGUGGGGAUCCCAAGUCAGGGCAUCAGAAGUCGAUACGGGCUCCCGAGGCAAGAAGCGGAGAAGAGAUGCGACGGACGAAGACACACCGAUAGCCAGCCAAGAUGACGACGAAGACUCCACUGCUGCCAAUGCGCCGGUCAAGAAGGCUGUUACAGCUCCAAGUGGCUUCAUCUAUGUCUUGCGACCUACCCCCGAACUCUGGACGACCAGUUUACCGCAUAGAACACAAGUUGUAUACACACCCGAUUACAGCUAUAUCCUCCACAGGAUACGAGCACGACCUGGAACCAGAAUUAUCGAGGCCGGAGCUGGAAGUGGAAGCUUCACUCAUGCAUCUGUGAGAGCGGUUUACAAUGGGUAUCCGCGGGACGCGACCGAUACGAAGGGCAAGGUCUUUAGUUUCGAGCAAAACGAGUCACGAUAUCACAAGAUGCAAGCGGAGAUCGGACACCACGGGCUUGAUGGUCUGGUUCAGCUCACACAUCGCGAUGUAUACAAUGAUGGGUUCUUAGUCGAUGGCAAGUCACCGAGGGCAACUGCCGUGUUUCUAGAUGUACCUGCACCCUGGGAGGCGGUACAUCAUCUUUCAAGGAGAAAAGUAAAGAAGGGGGGUGAAGAAGCUGAGGAGGACAGCAAUUGGGUAUCGCCGCUGGAUCCUAAGCAGAGUGUGCACAUCUGCACCUUCUCACCAUGCAUCGAGCAAGUUGAUCGAACAGUCACAGAGUUGAGAACACUGGGCUGGGUUGACGUGGACAUGGUGGAGAUUUCGAACCAGAAGAUUAACAUAUCAAGAGAGCGCGUUGGUGUAAACUUUCCUUCAGAGAAAGGAUUUAAUUCAUCCCCUGCAGACGUUGCAGAGGCUGUCACAAAGCUCAAGAGUCUCGCUGAGAGGAAUAACGAGACAAAUAGAGUCCGGGCUUUACAAUCUGGAACCGAAGGCGUUGAUAGCGAAAUGGAUGUCGAUUCCACUCCUAGUCGCGAUAAUCGCCCUUUGAAUGGAUCAAACGAAACCGCUGGUGAUACGGAGAGAUUAUUCAUGCAGGGGCGACUCGUUCACAGGCCAGAAAGCGAUCUCAAGACUCAUACAUCAUACCUGGUAUUUGCCGUUCUGCCAUGUGAAUGGACUGAGGAGGAUGAGGCUGCAGCUAUGGCCAAGUGGCCUUGCGGAAACGAGAAGAAGACGAUUGGAAACCUGGACAAGCAGGCACGGAAAGAGGAGAAGAGGAAGAUGCUCGAAGGGAAAGCCAAGUCAAAGAAGCAGAAGAAGGCGACUAAUACCCAGACUUCGCAAGUUGUGGUGUCAGCCACGGCGACACCAACUGACACUGCGUAA